AUGGUCAUACCAGACGACAGUGCAGAAAAUAAAAUGAUAUUUACAUGCCAGCCAAGCAAAGCUAAGACGAUCAAAAACAUCGAACAAAAAGACGAUGAACUAUCGUCCUAUGAAGACAGCAACUUUAAAUUGUUAUCAAAUCCAUCAUCACUGUGUAAAAAGUUAUCCCCUCUCUCAAUAUCAAAGAAUAGACUGGGAAAACUUCCACCAUUGAAUCAUAAACAAGAUAGCAGUGUGUUUGACCUUCCACCACUACCUGUAACUGGUUCGUCGUCAACUUUGAUAAACAACAAAGAUUCUGCAACUCAAGAAUGUCAACUGCUUGCUGAAAACACAGAUAAUGACAAUUCCACAAAAGAUGAAUUCAAUGAUGCUUCGAAAGGUGGCAAUAUUGAUAUUUUUAUGUCAACAAGCAACGAUGUCGAAGCGGAUGCUAAUUUAUCAAUGGAAAAACAACAUGAAGUUGACAGUGAUGCAUCAACAAGUGAGACAGGAUUAAUACAACCAAUUGCUGGAAGCCUCAAUAUGUUUUUAGCUCCACAGUCAAAAAAUGAUAAAUUUGAUGAAAGUAUCAGUGAAGAGAUUGGAGAAGAAUGUGAAGAAUCUGUAGCAAGUGACAUUUCUACUUCUUUCAAAGAAGAUGAAGUUGACAUUUGUCCUUCAUCGAAUGAUGACGAUUUGAAUGAAUCGUUUGAAAUUGAAGAUGAUGAAAUGGUCAUUCCAGACAACAGUGUGGAGGAUAAAAAGAUUGACAUCUGUCAAUCAAAUGAAAGAAAACUUACGGUAAACAUCAAAGAAGAUAAAACUGAAAACCAAAGUUUACAUUCUUCUAAAAAUGAUGAAGGCGACAAAUGUCCUUUAUUGAAUGAUGACAAUUUCGAUAAAUCGUUUGAAAUUAAGAAAGAUAAAAUGGUCAUUCCAGACAAUAGCGUAAAAGAUAUAGUGAUUGACAACUGCCAAUCAAAAAAGGGCAAUACCAACAACAACAUCGAACAAAAAGACGACAUGUUAUCGUCCUAUGAAGAUAGCAACUUUAAAUUGUUAUCAAAUCCAUCAUCACUGUGUAAAAAGUUAGCACCUCUUUCAAUAUCAAAGAAUAGAUUGGGAAAACUUUCACCAUUAAAUCAUAAACAAGAUAGCAGUGUGUUUGACCUUCCACCACUACCUGUAACUGGUUCAUCGUCAAUGUUGAUAAACAACAAAAAUUCUGCAAUUCAAGAAUGUCAACCACUUGAUGAAGUUUCAGAUCAUGACAUAUCGAUUAAAGAUGAAUUCAAUGAUGCUUCAAAAGGUGGCGAUAUUGACAUUUUUAUAUCCACAAGCAACCAUGUCGAAGUGGAUGCUAAUUCUACAAUGAAAAAACAAGAUGAAGUUGACAGUGAUGCAUCAACAAGUGAGACAGGAUUUAUACAACCAAUUGCUGGAAGCCUCAAUAUGUUUGCAGCUCCACAGUCAAAAAAUGAUAAAUUUGAUGAAAGUAUUAGUGAAGAGAUUGGAGAAGAAUGUGAAGAAUCUGUAGCAAGUGACAUUUCUACUUCUUUCAAAGAAGAUGAAGUUGACAUUUGUCCUUCAUCGAAUGAUGACGAUUUGAAUGAAUCGUUUGAAAUUGAAGAUGAUGAAAUGGUCAUUCCAGACAACAGUGUGGAGGAUAAAAAGAUUGACAUCUGUCAAUCAAUUGAAAGAAAACUUACGGUAAACAUCAAAGAAGGUAAAAAUGAAAACCAAAGUUCACAUUCUUCUAAAAAUGAUGAAGGCGACAAAUGUCCUUUAUUGAAUGAUGACGAUUUGGAUAAAUCGUUUGAAUGUAAGAAAUAUGAAAUGGUCAUUCCAGACGACAGUGCAGAAAAUAAAAUGAUAUUUACAUGCCAGCCAAGCAAAGCUAAGACGAUCAAAAACAUCGAACAAAAAGACGAUGAACUAUCGUCCUAUGAAGACAGCAACUUUAAAUUGUUAUCAAAUCCAUCAUCACUGUGUAAAAAGUUAUCCCCUCUUCCAAUAUUAAAGAAUAGGCUGGGAAAACUUCCACCAUUAAAUCAUAAACGAGAAAGCAGUGUGUUUGACCUUCCACCACUACCUGUAACUGGUUCAUCGUCAUCUUUGAUAAACAACAAAAAUUCUGCAAUUCAAGAAUGUCAACCACUUAAUAAAGUUUCAGACCAUGAAAAGUCGAUUAAAGAUGAAUUCAAUGAUACUUCGAAAGGUGGCGAUAUUGACAUUUUUAUGUCAACAAGCAACCAUGUCGAAGCGGAUGCUAAUUCAUCAAUGGAAAAACAAGAUAAAGUUGACAGUGAUGCAUCAACAAGUGAGACAGGAUUUAUACAACCAAUUGCUGGAAGCCUCAAUAUGUUUGCAGCUCCACAGUCAAAAAAUGAUAAAUUUGAUGAAAGUAUUAGUGAAGAGAUUGGAGAAGAAUGUGAAGAAUCUGUAGCAAGUGACAUUUCUACUUCUUUCAAAGAAGAUGAAGUUGACAUUUGUCCUUCAUCGGAUGAUGACGAUUUAAAUAAAUCGUUUGAAAUUGAAGAUGACGAAAUGGUCAUUCCAGACAAUAGUGCAGAUAACAAAAUGAUUUUGACAUGUCAGCCAAGUAAAGGUAACAAGUUACUUCAUUCAAGUAAGACGAUCAGAAACAUCGAACAAAGAGACGAUGAACUAUCGUCCUAUGAAGACAGCAACUUUAAAUUGUUAUCAAAUCCAUCAUCACUGUGUAAAAAGUUAACACCUCUUCCACCAUUAAAUAAUAGAUUGGGAAAACUUUCACCAUUGAAUCAUAAACGAGAUAGCAGUGUGUUUGACCUUCCACCACUACCUGUAACUGGUUCAUCGUCAAUGUUGAUAAACAACAAAGAUUCUGCAACUCAAGAAUGUCAACCGCUUGAUGACGAUGACAGUAACAAUGAUGAUGAUGACGUCAAUUUUGAUGACAUUGAUGCGUUGCUGUUGGAUUUAGAUGAAUUUGAUUCGAAACGAGCUAAUAAAAACCCAAAAGCUUAUUGA